GGGAAAAGUUAAACUCCCUAUGUAAWGUGUAAUGUCAAUGUCAAAUGAGCAAAAUAAACAAUUAUUUCAAAAUGGUUUUAAAUUCAUAAUUUUAAGAUGAAAUUGUAUACAUGCCUACGAAUAGGUGUGUCGUUUUCAGUACUUUUGSUAAUAUUUUAUUUCUAUAGCAUUAAAAUACUCAAUAACAAAGAUGACGUGAAUGUGGAAGAAUCUCACAAAGUAACAAAAAGUUAUGAAGUAACAACAGGACGGAUUGAGUUUAAACGGAAUGACAUUGUUGUGGCUGUGGUUGCGUGCGGAGAUAGGCUUCAAGAAACCUUAAAUAUGCUUAAAUCUGCUCUAAUAUUUAGCAAGGAAAAACUGAAUUUUAUUGUAUUUGCUGAGGAUAAUUUAAUUGAAAGUUUUAAUCAAAAAUUGAGUGAAUGGAAAACAUUGACAAGUAAUGCUUUUACUUACAAAGUUAUGGCUUUAACUUUUCCUGUGAAAGAUGCAGAGGAAUGGAAAAAACUUUUUAAACCUUGUGCAGCACAGAGAUUAUUUUUACCUAAUAUUUUAAAAGACGUAGAUUCUCUUUUGUACAUGGAUACCGAUACACUCUUUUUGACACCAGUUGAGAAUAUUUGGAGCUAUUUCCAUAAAAUGAAUUCUAGUCAGAUGGCUGCGUUAGCACCGGAACAUGAAGACCCAAAUGUUGGGUGGUAUAAUCGUUUUGCCAAACACCCAUUUUAUGGAAAAUUGGGAGUAAAUUCUGGAGUGAUGUUAAUGAAUUUAACCAGAAUGAGGGCGUUUCAGUGGAGUGAAUAUGUAAUUCCUAUUUACAGAAAAUACAAAUUAAAAAUAACAUGGGGUGACCAAGACAUUAUUAAUAUAAUUUUUCAUUAUCACCCUGGAAAAUUGUAUUUAUAUUCGUGUAGGUUUAAUUUUAGGCCUGAUCACUGUAUGUAUAUGAGUGUUUGUAAGCCUGCUGAAAAAUUCGGGGUGGCCGUAGUCCAUGGUUCUCGCGGAUUUUUCCAUUCAGAGAAACAGCCAGUUUUUCAAGCUAUUUACAGAGCUUUUGAAGAGUUCCGUUUAGGGGGAGAUAUAUUCAAGGAUUUUUAUCAACCCCUUGAAGCCUAUUUAGAACAAGCUCAAAACACUAAUUGCGGUCACAUUAAAGACGUUUUCCUCAAAAAUGUGAGACUAUAUAUUAACAUGGAAGACAACAAUAAAUGAGCCAGGAAUGUAAAAACUUUGAGUUAUGUAACGAAGCUGUCCAUAAAUGCAGGAAUAUUUUAUUUGCUAGUGUAAUUUAUACUUUUAUAAGCAUUAUAGUUUUACUAAACAAUUGAAAAAUGUGUU